GGGCACUUUUGCGGGUGUUCAAAUCAACAAGACACAUAAAAACAUCAAACGAUAUAGUCAAUGUCAAAAGUUGGUGCACCUCCGCGGGCUCGAAGAAGUCCAAGGUGCAAAACUUGUCGGCAUCGCAAAGUCAAGUGCGAUUAUGUUUCGCCAGUAUGUGGCCCAUGCAAGAAAUCAAAACUUCAAUGUGAACCCUACGAAGCUUCAUUCAUCUUUGUUGCCGUCGAUCCUCCUUCCACCACGCCCCCAAGCCACGAACAGCUUGUAUUGCGACCGACGUCAUCGAAGACUUUACCCUCCGCUAAAGAUCUUGCCAAUUGCCCAUUGCUAGCAGGAUCUUUAAAGCGCAGUAAUAUUUUUGACCAAUUCCUUAGAUUUUAUUUUCCAAGCAAUCCGGCAUUGUUAGAAUCCUCGAGCUACUCGUGGGUGGCCACCAUCUCGGAGAACAAGGAGACGUUCCUGCUCCUGGACACCACUGCAUGCGCCCUAGGGACACUUUUCCUCUCCAGGAAGAAUGAAGACUUAAAUUUAAAGCAUGAGAGCAUGACUCUAUAUGGCGACGCUCUCAGCCAUGCUCGUGCUCUCUGGGAUACGGCUGACAAGACCAAUUGGUUCCGGCCGUUGCUUGGUGUUAGCUUGCUACUCCUAUAUGAAUCACUAUCUCCCUCAUCGUUAGCAUCAACGAAAAAGACGCUCAAUCACGGCAUGGGAUUAGCCACCCUCCUCCAAUUGGCAGGCCCAAAAUCAUUCCAAACUGCUGCACCACAUAUUCUUUUUAUACAUGCCCGUGUGGCACUCCUCUACAUUGCGAUUUUGGAAGAGAAGCCAUCAUUCCUUGCGGAACGUGACUGGCUGGAACAGCCUUGGGUGCGCGUUGCUAAAAACAAUAUGCAUGCAUCCUUGGAUACCUUGUCCCAAGUACCUGAAUUACUUUCUCUUAGCAAUCAAAUUUGCGAAGCCGCACAGACACACACGGAAUAUUCCAGGCUGAUGGAGCAGUUUGACCUCCAGCAUGACAAGGUACUCAUCCUUAUCAAACAAACAGGGGAGUGCCUUCAGAAUACAGGAGAGAAGCCCAAAAACUUGCAUGAAUUUACUGCCACGCAAAACAGACUAGCCUGCCAACUGAUGGUGUUUGAUGCCCUGGAGCGCCUAAGCAGCCUCUCUCAUAUUGCGGCGUUUCAACGGUACCGGCAGUCAGCCAACUCGUCUAAGCCAACCGCUGAAUCCGCCGCGGACGCCAUAAUAUUCUCCAUUAAUCACUUCAACACAGACGAAUGCGGGUUCAUCGGCCUGCGACUCCUCUUUGUGGCUGCCCGUGCAGCUGUACAGUUUCUUCAGCGCCAAUGCCGUGCUCAGGAGGCGGCAGUAACCAAAUUGCUGGAAACAUUCAAGUCAAAGGGGUUUUACUUUUUACUGGACGUCCUGUGACCACCAUGAAAAAGAAGCUUCUCUCCAGAGAGGAGUGACGGCGCGCCAUGGCAAAAGAGCACAUUUGCCGAUAGCCAGAAAAAGCAAAACACCAACACCACAACACCUUCGCCCAGACGUCGCGUAGCAUCCGCAGAAGCAAAUACACGCAAAGAAAAAAAAAGACGCGGCAGACUUUCAGGCGAGAUGAUAACGUUUUCUUCCUACAUGGUAUGUACUUUGAUAUAUCAUGUUUCCUCAUUACAACUUGGACGGGCGAACCGGGUCCAAAAGUUCUCGCAUCUCGGUGCUUGGCCAGUCCGGGUUCAGCUUCGGGUCAGGCCGAUGCCUAUCCCAAGCCCACUUGCCAACAAGCUCCUCCUCCAAUACAUUAUCUAGCAUCUGCACCACGUACUUGCCGAUGACAGGGAAGAACUUGAAGCCGUGGAACGAACCGCACGUGGCCAAGAAUAAGCCCUGCGCCGCCGGAUGAGGCGCAAUAAUAAAGUCGGAGCUCGUGGUAAACGCAUCCCUAGUAGCAGCAAAAAAUGGUUAGCUCGACAAAUAAUACGUUUUAUAAAGAAAUUUUCAGCAAAGUCAUACCAACACACGCGGUGCUUGCUCAUCUUCCAAUUCGCUGCCCGCUUGCCAUAAAAGACGCUGCUCACAUAGCGGAUGUCGUCUCGCAUUUUCCGAGACACAUCCCACUGUGCGUAGUCUGGCUGGCCAGGGGGUGCUGAUAAAUGAGACCCUUCAGAAAC